CCUCCCUGUCUCCACCAAAGAAGGCUGAGUUCGACAUCCUUUUCUGUCCCGCAUCAACUUCGGGAGACGAGCGAGACACAGACAGAAAGAGGCGAGACAAGAGACAGCAACAGAGACACAAAGACAAAGACAACCCAUGGUAGAUCACCAUGUCCUCGACGAGGGCUAUCAAGAAGAGCGCCUUCUCAUGCGAGCCAUGCCGUCGGCGCAAGGUACGUCCUAUCCUGUCCCUCUCUUUCACUUUCCCCUUUCCCGUGCGCCUCAUUUCCCGCAUUCCCCGCGGCAGCGCCACACAAAAACCCCCCGCGACCUGCCCCCCUGCAUCGCCCGUCAAAUGCGGCGGAGAACAGCCGACCUGCAAUCGUUGCGCCGCCCGAGCCGAUGAGUGCGUCUAUAAGCUCAACCCGACCCUGUCGUACACGUCGCGAUUGGAGCACCGCAUCAAGGAGCUCGAGGCUCAACUCGCCGCCGCAAAGGCGCAUGGCCACGGGCCUUCAGAGCCUUCCCGGACGUCGUCGCCCAGCAUCGGGCCGUCGGCGGGCCAGUCGCCCAUGACCGACUCUCACCACUUUGAAUCCCAAGACGAGGAGUCGGUGAGCGAGAGCUUCAAGGGCCUCAAGGUCGACGACAAGGGCGCCAUCACCUACCAUGGCUCCACCAGUUUCUUCCAGCUGCCGGGCGACCGGCCUUCGGGGGCGAGGGACCAGCAGUCGACGUCGAACCAGGCCAUGCAGAGGCGCGAGAGGUUGGUUGCCAACGCCUGGCAGCAGAGGGCGCUCGAGAACAUGUCUGAUAUCCCAGAACCAUUCCAAUACUUGUUAAACGUCCACUGGUGUUGGAUCCAGCCCCUUUUCAACUUCAUCUAUAGACCUGCCUUCACCCGCGACAUGCAGACGCUGGGACCAUACUACUCCCAUACCCUGAUGAACGCAGUAUUAUCACAUUCGAUCCGUUGGGGCCGCAGCGACCCCGCAACCAAGGAGAAGCUGGACGAGUUCUACGACGGCGGCGCGCUCUUCGGCAAACAUGCCCGCAGCAUGGUCUUCGAGGAGCUCAGCCAGGGCAUCUGCUCCAUCCCGACGGUCCAGACCUUGCUGCUGCUCAGCGCGCAGGAGUGCAGCGUCGGCAACAGCGCGCAGGCGUGGACGUACAGCGGCCUGGCCUUCCGCAUCAUCGACCACCUGGGCAUCUGCGUUGACGGCCAGAGAUACCCCGGCUCGGUGCAGCUGACGGACGAGGACGUCGAGAUCCGCCACCGGUUGUUCUGGAGCUGCUACUUCUGGGACAAGAUGAUCAGUCUCUACCUCGGGCGCUCGCCGUCGCUCCAGCAGACGUCCGUGUCGCCGCCCCAGAUCAUGUUCGACGACUCGUCCGAAAACGAAUCGUGGACCCCGUUCGGCGUCGUCCCCGAGGGCGGCUGGAAGUACCCCCCGUCCGCGGCCCACUCGACGUCCUGCUUCAUGCAGAUGUGCCGCCUCUCGAUUGUCUUCAACGAGAUCCUCGUCCACAUGUACGACCCCGUACGCCCCAACAGCCAGGCCGAGAUGCAGGACUGUCUCGCCAAGCAAGAGGUCGCCCUGCGCCAGUGGUGGGACGACCUGCCUCCUCACCUCAAGAUGGAGCCUGCGUCGCUCCCCGCGUUGGCGCCGCCCUCCCACAUCAUCACGUUGAACGUACUCUACCGCACUUUCAAGAUCCUCCUCUAUCGCCCCAUGCUAUCACAGCGGAGCAGGGUCGGGGAGAACUUGCAGCCGGUGCAGAGGUAUCUUGGCGAAUGCGUGACGUCCGCGACGGGCAUCAUCGCCAUCUUCGACCUGUUCUGCCGAUCCUUCGGCAUCAGCCACUGCGUCCUCUCCCUCUCGUACAGCGUGUACAUCUCCGCCUCCAUUUUCCUGCUCCAAGUCCAGUCCAGCGUCGACGACACCCAGGCGCUGCGUCGGCUGGAGUACUGCGCCCGCAUCCUCGCGUCCGUCAAGCGCAUCAACCCAGGUGAGUGAG